AUGGACCUGGUGAAAAUGUUGGCCGGCACGUACACUGCCAACGUCAACGCUAAAACGGGUUACACGCCGUGUCACUUAGCCCUGCAGUUCGGACACGAAGAGAUCUACAAGAUACUGGUCGAGUCGUACGGAGCCGACCCGAACGUGCGGGACUACAGCGGACGGAAGCCAAGGCAGUACCAGACGAACCAGGACACGAGCCUGUCGGCGGACACUUAUCGCAAACUAAACGCCCGAAAACACAAACACAUGGAAAAGGACCUAAGAUUUCUGAGGAUCGGGUCCCUGAACGUGCGCGUUAAACGGACCACGGAGGCGUUCAGCAACUUCCUGGGCGUCGGACACAACGCGGAAAAGAUCCACAAGACUUGGGGCUCUGCCGACAACAUACAACAGAACGACGCCAAGAGAAUGCCCCCUCCGAAAAGCGUUGCGAUUAAGAAGAGGAAGUCCAAGCGGCCACAGGACUUUCUGAGGAGGGCCUCGGCCCCGGCCGACCGGUCGCCAGACAAGAGGAAAUCCGCGGAAAUCGUCGUCACUGGCGACUCGGACUCGGACACGGCCUGCGGAUUUGGCACGAAUUGGCAUCAACCGUCGUGACCGCCGUGUCGUGUCGGACAUCACACUGUAUUAUACCCAUGUCGGUCGUCGGUGGUAUGCGGGGCUUUGCUGCCGACUUUCGAGACGCUUUUCUGCUGCGUAGAUAGUCGGUCUCGGGUGAAAUAACAAUACAAUGGGUUCAUUAUUAUACUCUAUCAUUGUCUCAUCCAUAGUCAUCCACAUCAUAAUAUCAUCACGAUCGACAUUCAACACACCCAAAGUAUUAUUAGCAAUAUGUAACAACCGUAGACCUAUUAACUAGUUAAUAGGUCUAUGGUAACAACCAUGUCCACAUGCAUAGUCGAUAUUUACGUGUCACACAUAAUAGGCAAUAUGUCUUAUGUGACACAUACUUGACUAUACGCAUACGGUCUGACAGUUUGUGUACUAUAUAUAGAUAUUAUCUAAUAUUAUUAUUACUAUAAAUAUUAUAACUAUUAGUCUGUUGCGAUUUUAUGUCGUCGGUCAGAGGAAGUUUUAUUUUAUUUUUAUUUUUUGUGCGCAAACGCUUAACAUUUUGUUUUACUUUUUUUUGUACCUACUUUAAAUAACUUGAUCGGAUAUAAUGUUGUAUUCAGUUCAGCGGACACUUUUACCAAACGUUUUUUGAGCUACCUACUUACUUUGCUGAUAUGUCAUUAACAAUAUUUUACAAAGGACCAAAAAGGCGUUUCAUUUUACAUACCUACUGUUUAAUAUAUUAUUAUUGAUAUCUCAAUAUCCAAUUGUACUUAUAUAAUAUUAUUUAUUGUAUUUUGUUUAUAAUUAUUUUAGCAUUAUAGGCAAUCAUUGUUACCACGGACUUUGAUAGAUUAUAGUCCGUGUUGUUUCUCAAUAUUAAUACUACAUUUUAUUGACGAUCAGCUUUUUUAAGAUUAAUUGUAGUAAUAAUGGUUAUGUUAUCGGGUUAUUUAAAGUUAAAAUGCUCACUGUUAUUAAUAUUAUCUAUUUUAUAAUUUUGUUGUUAAGUUCUUUAAAUUUGUACAAGUAUUAAUUUACUUUAGGACGUAACAUUUUCAUCAAUUAUUAAUAUACAGUAAAUAUCUACAAAUAUUUUUGAUCA